GCAGUCUCCGCUGGGAAGAGCUGUACCUGUGUAAGCAAGUGGGAAGUAUUCCAUCACGCUUCUGAGUCAUGUUUUGUAGAUGGUGGACAAGCUUUGGGUUGUCAGAAGGAAAAUGCUAUACAAAGGGACUCUGUUGGAAAUAACCUCUUCAAACAUCCUGCCGUUGCUGCUGGGUAGUGUGGGCCUUAUUAUUUUAUUCAGGCUGCUGCAGAGCAUGAAGGACCGAGCAGUCGUUCAAGAUGCUGUGGUGGUGAUAACAGGAGCGAGCUCUGGCCUCGGUAAAGAUUGUGCCAGGGUUUUCCAUGCAGCUGGUGCUAGGCUGGUAUUGUGUGGGCGGAACAAGCAGAAGCUGGAGGAACUUGUGACGGAGCUAACCGGGAUGGUGACUAACAAGAGAAAGACACACACACCUCACAUUGUGACCUUUGACCUGGCUGACUUGGACACAGUGAACAGCAGCGCACAGGAGAUUCUCAAUUGCUUUGGCCAAGUGGACAUUCUCAUUAAUAAUGCAGGGAUCAGUUACCGAGGCAACAUCCUGGACACUGCCAUAAAUGUUGAUAAAGAUGUGAUGAACACCAACUAUUUUGGACCAGUUGCUUUAACAAAAGCCAUUCUGCCUUCCAUGGUGCAGAGAAGAAGUGGACAUAUUGCAGUGAUUAGUAGUGUCCAAGGGAAAAUAGCAAUCCCAUUUCGAUCUGCUUAUGCAGCAUCUAAGCAUGCUACCCAAGCCUUCUUUGACUGUCUACGUGCAGAGGUGGAGCAGUAUGGAGUUAAGGUGACUGUAAUAAGUCCAGGAUAUAUCCGCACCAACCUUUCGCUGAACGCAGUGACUGGGAAUGGAUCCAAGUAUGGUGUGAUGGACAAGAAAACAGCAGAAGGCUACGAACCUUGCGUUGUUGCUGAAGCUGUUCUCAGGGCUGUGUGCAGGGGGAGGAAGGAUGUCCUGCUAGCUGGAUUACUGCCGACGGCCGCAGUUUACUUGCGAACUUUGAUUCCAAGUCUCUUCUUUCCUAUUAUGGCAGCCAGAGCUAAGAAAGAGCGCAAGAUGAAGGAUAAUUAACCUUGUCCUGGGUCCCCUAACUUACCUUUUUCCUCCAUGAACAUUACUGUUAAGGCUUGUUGGUGCCAUUCUUGAGCAACUGGGUACUACAGCUGACUGCUGAACAUUUGUUUCCAAACAUAUCUCCUGAACUUUUUUUUUUUAAAACUGCUGAAAUCAGGAUAAAUUAAUAUUAAGCAUGAGAUCAAAGAAACCUUUCCAAACCUACAUUGUGGAUAAAUAAAAGCAGAACGAAUAUACAGUAUAACGUUGUAUUCACAGCUCACCUAGUUUAAUGUCAGUGUGAAGCUGAAAAUACUUUGCACAGGUGUUGAGCUUGAACCACAAGCAGGUGGGAACAUCCAAACCUGUCCAAAGUGGAGGGGACUGAAACUAUAUCCUUCAGACAAUCUUAGUCCCCCUUGUUCUGUUGUCAUGUCUGCUCCAGAAAGCAGUCAGAUUGAGUGGUUACUGCAGCCUCAGUGAAACCGUUUGUCGAAUGAAUCUGAAGUUAUGUGUAAAUCUGUUUACUAGACUUCACUGUAUUAAUUUCUGUGAAACUAAUAAAGAUAAUGGAUAAAAAAUUGA